CAGCUGAAUUUUCAUGUCUUUGUGUCUCCAUUAAAUUUUUGAUUUUAAUCAUAGAUAGUAUUAUAAAAAUCAGAUUCGAGGCAGAAAGUUCGUUAUUUAAAAAAAAAACUGAUUUCAUACGCUAAGGAGAACAGGAAGUGCCAUUACUUUCCAAACAGGAUUUCUAUAUCUAAUCCUUCAAUCUAGCAGAUUAGUUGUUCCACGACGAGGAACAUAUAAAUGUCUACUUGUUCUUCUUCCUCCACGAACCAGAUGGCCGCCGAGGAGGCAAACGGCAGCGUUACAAUGCUUCCGGGUGUUGAAGACAAGUACGGUGGCGUGGUGACGGAGAUAAGUCAUCCCAUGGAUCCUUCCGCCUUCUCUGCACUUCUCCGAACCUCUCUCUCUAACUGGACUCUUCAGGGAAAGAAGGGAGUGUGGAUCAAACUGCCGAGGCAUCUUAUUGGUCUUGCUGAAACUGCUGUUAAGGAGGGCUUCUGGUUUCAUCACGCGGAGAAGGACUACUUGAUGCUUGUGUAUUGGCUUCCCAAAGAAGACAAUACGCUUCCUUUUAAUGCAUCUCACCGCGUUAGCAUCGCUGCCUUUGUCAUUAACCACAAGAAAGAGGUGCUAGUGGUUCAAGAGAAGACAGGAAGAACUAAAGGCAAAGGUAUAUGGAAGUUCCCCACAGGAGUAGUCAAUGAGGGUGAAUACAUCCAUGAUGGCUCCGUCAGAGAGGUGAAAGAAGAGACAGGGGUGGAUACUGAAUUUGUUCAAGUAUUGGCGUUCAGACAGACCCACAAAACAUUCUUUGAAAAGUCAAAUUUGUUCUUCCUGUGCAUGCUAAAGCCCCUUUCUUUUGAGAUCAGUGCACAGGAGUCAGAGAUAGAGGCAGCUCAGUGGAUGCCAUGGGAGGAAUACACGAAGCAACCAUUCGUACAGAACCAUGAGCUACUAAGGUAUAUGACAGAAAUUUGCUCUGCAAAAACCAACGGAGACUACGAAGGCUUCACUUCUAUCCCCGUCUCUGAACAUGAUCAACAAGGCAACUUGUACUUCAACUCCCUCGACCUCCUUCCCCGCCAUUAAGCUUCUUUCUCACAACAAGCAAAUCAAGUCCUCACAGUUUUAACCAAAACUGGUUUCUUUGCUGUCUCUUUAUCUAAGCACAUUAUGACACUUGAAUAAUGUUAACUCUCUCACCCAAAACCAUCCUAAAUAAAAAAAUAUUUACAUC